AUGAUAACACUUAAAGCAGAAGCAACAUAAAAAGAAGAGUAAUGGAAUACUCCAGAAUCAUCAUCUUCUUCUACUCUGUCGUUCUCUUACAGGUGCUCACCUCUGAUCAAGAACAGGUUCAUUCAAAUCCAACCUUUUUCUUUGUGAAAUUUCAAAACAAUGUACCCUGGUUCUUACACUGCUGAAGUUACAAGCUUAUCUCCCAAUGCAACAGAGAAGGAUGUUUAUGAUUUUUUUGCUAACUGCGGUGUGAUCGAGCAUGUUGAAAUUUACAGAUCUGGUGAAUCUGCUUGUACUGCAUAUGUGACAUUUAAAGAUGCUUAUUCUCUGGGAACUGCUGUUUUGCUCAGUGGAGCCACCAUUUUAGAUCAAUGCGUAUGCAUACAAAGUUGGGGAACAUAUACAGAUGAAUCUGAUCCUUGGAAUAGUUCAUCAUGGAUGCCUGAAGAUGAUACUAGCUCAACGGCUCCUCACAUGAGACAAUGCACCUCCACCCCAGGAGAAGCCGUAACAGUGGCUCAGGAAGUUGUUAAGACAAUGUUAGCCAAGGGAUAUGUUCUGGGCAAAGAUGCAUUAAUCAAGGCCAAAGCCUUUGACGAGUCCCUUGGAGUCUCAGCUACCGCUGCAGCUAAGGUUGCAGAGCUUAGCUAUAGAAUAGGGCUUACCGAACAGAUUUAUGCUGGCAUGGAAACUUUUAAGUCUGUGGAUGAUAAGUACCAUGUUUCAGAUAUCACCAAGUCAGCCGCAACUGUCACCGGGACAGCAGCUGUAAUUGCAGCGAGGGUUACGGGGAAAGCAGCUGUUGCAGCAGGUACUGCUGUAGUCAACAGCAACUACUUUGCCAAAGGGGCGCUUUGGGUUUCAGACAUGUUGACUCGUGCAGCCAAAGCUGCCGCUGAUAUGGGUAGCCAUGAUAGUAAAUAAGUAGAUUGACCCUAGCAUUCAACUCUUUUAUUAGUUUGCUUUACCUAUGUUGUUGUACACAAACAGAUAAAAAUGCCAGUCAUAAGGCAGUGACAACCCUUGGCCUUGAGCAAUAACAAGGCAUGUCUCUUCAAAAAUUACCAUGAAUAUUGUCUGGUGUGAGCAUAGACAGCUGUCUGCUUUUUCAGGAAUUCAAAUGUUAUGUGACCCUUUGGGGCAUUUGACUGAUCUUCAAGUUGUCAUGGACCGCGAGUUCACGGCACCAGUCAUGCCUAGCACCUUACCGACGUGCUUGCUGUGCUUGUCUUGAGCCCGUGACACCAGGCAAGCGCGCUAGACACAAAGCCAAGGCAGUUGACUUCUUGCAUCCUGGAAUGUUUGAUAGUGACAUGAAAUGUGAUUAAUUUUUCCAUAUACCCUUGUGAUUAGAUACGGUGUAUCGAUAUUUUAGGAUUUUUAAUUUUGUUUUCCAA